GCGAGCCCGCGCUCGCCAGGCCCCGCUUCGGGGAGAACCUCGACCUCGUCCUCUCCCUCCAGGGCAAGGAGCUCUCCCUCCAAAGAAAGAUUGAACUAGCCUUCAAUUUCGUAACGGCGGAGUCGAAUCGGCCAAGCCAUGGCCAUAGGGCGGACAGCAUUAAGCUACUGCGCAUGGUGUCAUUUAUUGGAAACUGGGUGCAGUCUAUCCUAAUUCUGCCUGAGAGUAGCAGGAGAGUUUCUGAGCCUUUUGAUCCCGUGCUGGAUUAUAGAUGCUGGGUCAUUUUGAGAUUCUGUGUUGAGAAGAAGCCGUCACUUUCGAUCUCUCUGAACCUACUUAAACCGCUUGGUCGUGUUGCAAAGGAUGGUCUGAGCAGAGUUCUACUCGGCGCUUCAUUUGAUGGCUGUGAAUCCUCUUUGCUCUUCGGACGAGUUUUGGACUGCACAUCCUUUCUUUUCUCCUCCAAUACGAGAGCUUUCUUCAAUGCAGGCGUGGAUUUGUGGACCUCUUGUGUCAUUGAGGCUAUUCAUCUUGUCCAGAAGGUUUCGCCUAAUGAGAAGAGUGGCUGUGCUGUUCUUCAGGAUCUUGGAAAUUGCUUGCUCGAGCAAUUUUCAAGUUUUCUAAGGUUCCAUGCAAAUCCUAAGAACCUUUUCCGUCCUUUUGUUGACAAGAUUCUUGACCCACUGUUGGAAUUGUUGGUUUUACUUAAUUCACAAGCAAAUUCUAUCCAACAGAAGCAGGCAGGCACCACAUUGAAGAUUGCUGAAGAAAUUCUGUCAAACGGACUGUUUCAUCCACAACAUCUUAGUGGAUAUUUUGGCCUCAAGAAUCUAAAUAAAGCACCUAUCGCUAAGGAUGUCAGGGGAAGCUACCAUAGACAUCUAUUUGAGCGUUUCAAAGGAAUAAAAGCAGAAAGCAAGGCUGUACUGCUUGCUGGGUUUGGUUACUUGUUUCAAUUGUUCGUUAGCAGGGCUAGAAACCAAAGUACAUCUUUAGCACCGAGGGGAGCAUCCUUCAGAAACCCGCAAAAAAGUAGCGAUGCCUCCGAAGAAACCCAGCAUCAUGGAGAGUCCAUUUUUGAAGUGUUCAUGCAGUUUAUGGAACCUUUGGUGUCGGAAUGUAAAUCAUAUUCACAAAAGGACUUCUCUGAUUUGGGAGUUACGAAGCUGGUAGAAGUUCAUUGCAUGCUCAAGUCUAUCAAUGAGAUAUUGAGAACAGUUACUGAAGAGAAAAUUUAUGUUCCUACAGAGGACACACCAGAAGGAUCUUAUUUGCAGUUCUUGCAAGACAUUUACAGGGUCUUAAUCUUAAUGGCUGAAAAACUGUAUGACUUCUGGGUGUCAGCCGUGCAUUUAGAAGAUACAAAUAUCAAGAAGAUGUUGCCUUUAAUGUUUGUGGAGAUUGUUGUUGCGGUUGGUCGUUUUGUAGAAAUAGAAUACAAGGUUCUGGGGGGUGACCUUGCAAAAUUAUGGUCAAUGCUUUUUGCUUUGGCUGCUAUCAAUGCAUCUUCCAAGGGCAUCAAACCCUGUUUCCUGCUAACCUCAAAGAUUUCAAGCCUUUCAUCCCAAGUGAUUCACACAUUUAGUGAGCUUCGUCAGGUUGCACACUCCAUUUGUAUGCUCUGCAAUACUGUGAGGACAUUCAGAUCUGUUGCUGGUCCAGACGUAGUACCGAGACCGUUUUCUGUGGCUUCUUUAUCUUCUCAUAAAUGUUUGGAAUCACUGGCAACGUUGUUGAGCUCUCAAACAUUGAGGGAUGCUAUAUGUACUUCAAUAAACUCAAUGCCAGAAGGACAGUCUAGUCGGUGCAUAGAGGAGCUGACAGUAGAUCUUACAGAUACCUUGAAAUGGAUGAAUACUUGCAGCGAGGAUGUUGAUUUGGAAUCACAGGGAGAGUCCCUCUCGAUCUCCAGGAAGUCAGUUUUUUAUCAGAAAGCUGAACUUCUUGGAAGGCACUUAUGUGAACUAUACACAAGCGUGCUUGACUCAAUUACCGUGACCUCUUCAAAUACUGCACUGGUUGCAAGAUCUGUUGAAAGGCUGGUCAACGCAAUCCGGCCCAAAUUAAGUCAGUUGGUGAGAAAUGAUUCAGUUAGUGCAAGCGAGUUCAUUUGCUCAGUUGUAGGAAACAAUCUAUCUAAGAAACAAUGUGCCAAAUGGCAGAAGAUUCCAAGUUUGUCCUGGAUGUUUGUCUUCUUCUUCCGCAUAUAUACAUCAUGUAGAAGUCUGUAUCGGCAAUCUGUUGGUCUCAUGCCUCCAGAUUUAGCAAUAGAAGCAACAGAAUUAGUGGGGAAUUCAUUCACUGUAUGCUGUGGAAAGGAAUGGACUAAUGCUUCCAAUGUUAUCGCGGAAGGGUACUUUGCUUGGAUUGUUGAAAGUUCAGGCUCCUUAUUGGAUGUUAUCGAAACUUUAUCUCAAUCCAUUCCAAAAAACCAUUCUGGUUUUGCUAUGCUUGUUUACGUCCUUCAUAUGAUGGCUUUGCAAAGACUCAAUGAUCUUAACAGGCAGAUUAAUGCGUUUGAUUAUUUGCUUGAAGAUAACACACAGCAGUUUGAUACGGAGGAUAGAGGAAACACUGCAGUAUUCAAGGAGUCCUGCUGUCUAGAGGCUGCUCGACUAACCAACUUUAUGAUGAACUAUGUGGGACUAUUAUCUUCAGGAGAAAAUGGUCAUUUUCAGUGUUAUGAGAUUAGUUCUUCCUGGGAUCUGAGUAUAUGCUCUUUAGAUGAAGGUUCUUUCCAUAUAGCAACUUGGCGGCUUCUGUGUGAAAACAUUGAUAUUUGGAGUCCGCAUGCAUCUAAGAAAGACUUAAAGAGCUUCUUUUCUAAUCUGAUGAAGUUCUCUUUUGUUCAAAAGAGGUCAUGUAAAGAUGAGGAGAAUAGUGGCAAUCAGUGUUCACAUAGAGAAAUAACUUUGCAUACUAUUUCAGUGGAGCUCCUUUGUGAUACUAUCAUUUAUGACCGAAAGGUCCUAUUGAAGAAUUUGGCAUCAAGUUUUUGCCAUGCUCUGAAGAAAUCAGUAUCUUCUUUUGUCACUCGAGCUGAUGAAGAUGCAUUUCUGGAUAUCUCGCCUGAUUUGAUGGAGAUAUUAGAUAAACUGAAUAACAAGAAGUUGGUUGGUGGUACAUAUCCCGAUGAAGAUGGGGUAGAUAAACACCGGAUCUGUGAGAAUUUACUUAACUUCUUGAGCACAGUUCCUGGAUUUCAUUCGAACUCCAAGUCAUUCUUGCGGCUUAUAACUCAUAUUCUCCAUCUCGAAAGACUUCUGCUAUUGGCAUUGCUAAGGCGUUAUGAAUUAUGUAAUCCCAUUGAGCUAAUUCGUCUGUUUAUAUGUUGCCGAAGAGCAACGCAAAAUCUCGUUUCAAAAUUUGGCAAAGAAUACCCAGAUUCAAAGCAAUACUCAGCAUUUUCCAAACUUAUUGGCAACUCGGACUCUCUGAUUUGGCUUUUGAGGUCUGUUCAGGAGAUUAUUCAUUUAUCACAUAAAAUAUUUGAAGAGCACACCGAUGAGAAGAAAAAUACCUUAUUCUCCUUGGUAGAUAAGACUUCAGAAAUAUUUUCUACACUAGCGAACAUGAAUUCUAAAUUUUGCUUGUUGGGUCCCAAGAAACGAAUUGAAUGUUCCCUGGAGCAUAGUGCUAGUGAAAUCGACACUUCUGAACAUGAUGCCCAGACAUUUGAUACACUGGAAAGUUCAGCUUUGGAAUACGUCAAAAUUAUGGCUGAACAGUUGGAGAAGACUGCAACUGGCAUACCUGUAACUGUAAAGGAUCGCAAUUGUGUUAUCAAAUUAGAAAACUGUUAUGACAAUGUGUGCUGGGAUACAUUAUUAUGCACUAUGUCUUGCAUAAGUGGGUUCUUGUGGGGUGUUGUUUCAGCAGUUGAAAGCACAAUCAAAGACUAUCCAGUAGCAAGCUCAGAGGAAAGAAAAGUGAUGCAUCAGUAUGCCUCCAAUUUCAGCAGAUUUAUUGCUAAAUUUGAGACAUUUAUAGAUAUUUGUCUGCAUGUAUUGUUUAUGGAGAACAAGGAUUGUGGGUCUGUUGAUUUGAUCUCUACUCGUCUUCCACAAGAGCUGGAUUGUGAGAAUGGUUUUCUGAAUAUUGAUGCAGUCAUGGAUGGAUGGACUAUGCAUCAGUUAAAAUUACAGUCAGAUGGCCCAUCCAGUAUUCCAAGUGAAAGUCAUAAUUUUGGUCUGUUCACUAUACAAUGUAUGAAAAGAUCUCUUUUGGAAAAUCUGUUGAAUGGUGAAGGUCCAUUCAUAGCAUUUACAUUGAAGGAGCUCUACACUGUAUCUGCUGCUAUUGUUAAGUUGAAGGGCCUCCUAUCCUUUCCCCGUGAUGUUUGCAGGCAGGAAUGCAAUCCCUCUCAACAGAUGUCAUUGGAUCCAAUGGUUGGGACAGCUUACAUCGCUCUACAGAAAAUUGCAGACAUGUCUAAUUGGCCAGAUAUGUUUUCUCUUGUAUGGAUUGAUGGGAUAUUAAGAUAUCUUGAAGUUUUAGGAACAUUGCCUGAACACAAGCUGUCAAAAGAACUGUAUGCUCAGAUAGUAAAUGCACAUGUAAGGGCUAUUGGAAAAUGCAUUGUACUUCAAGGAAAGGGUGCAUCUCUACCUACCCAUGAAAUUGGAACAAGCACGAAAGAACUUAACUUACAGAAUACAUCUGAUUCUGUAGUUACUAAAUAUAUCAUGGAUAGGCAGAAUAGGUUAAAUUCACUGAAAUCAAGACUUAGACUAUCAAUGAGAAAAUUUGUUAAUGUUGCAUCAAAUAUGCAUUUAAGUGCAACUAUACAAGUCAUUGAAAGAGCAUUGGUCGGAGUGAAUCAAUAUAGCCACUCAAUAUAUGAAGUGAAGACUGGAGCGUCUAAUGGUGGGAUAGUUUCUUCUGAUGUUGCUGCUGGAAUUGACUGCCUUUAUCUUCUUCUUGAAACUGUACCAGGGAACAAGCGUGUUUUUAAGAGAACCGUCCCUGGCCUAGUUGGUGCUUUAUUCAACAUUGUUUUACACCUUCAGAGUCCACUCGUUUUCUAUACAGAGAAGCUGCCAUCUCUUUAUCCUGACUUUCAUCCAGAUGCUGGAGCCAUUGUUCUAAUGUGUGUUGAGGUUAUCACAGCAUUUGUGGGGAGGCAUACUUUUCAAAUUGAUGCAUGCCAUGUGUCCCAGUGCCUGCAUCUUCCCGUGACACUUUUUAAGGGCUUCAAACAUCUUGCUGGUCAGACUUUAUCCCAUUCAUCAGAAAAGUCUGGUGGCCAAACUGUAGGACAACCUCUAGAUACUGAAGAAUAUAUAUUUGACAGACAGUUUUCCAUUGACAUGUAUGCUGCAUGUUGCAAAUUGUUAUGCACUGUUCUUCGGCACCAACAACGUGAGGUUGGACGAUGUGUGGCUGUCCUGGAAGACUCAGUAAACAUACUUCUGAGUUGCUUAGAGUCUGCCGAUCCCAAGAUGGUUAGGAUGGCAGGACACUUUUCUUGGAACAAGGAGGAGGCACUAAAAUGUGCUUCCUUUUUUAGAAGGAUCUAUGAAGAGAUGCGUCAGCAAAGGGAAAUUCUAGGAAAGCACUCAAUCCACUUUCUUGCUGGUUAUAUCUCCAUGUUUUCUGGACAGGGUCCAUUUCAGACAGGCAUAACUAGAGAAAUUGACGAGGCAUUGCGACCUGGGGUUUAUUCUCUAAUUGAUAUUUGCGAGGAAAGUGAUUUUCAACAGCUUCACACAUAUCUGGGUGAGGGCCCAUGCCGAACCACUCUUGCUAAUUUGGUGAAUGACUAUAAACUGCACUUCCAGUAUCAGGGCAAAAUCUAGUCCAACUUGCAAAUAUUUUUUGAACACUCCUGCUUAGGCCAGAUAUAGAAUCUGUUGUGUCAUCUUCUGCAUGAUCCUGGGCUCAAAGUGGACUAGUGUAUAGAUGAAUGCUUAUGCACCGAAACAUUGGAACAACCAAUGAGACUAUGAUCUGAUGCUCACAUCAGCCUGCUGGUAUAUGUGAUGUAGUAAAACCAAAUUGUUUGCAGUGAAUCCCAAUAAUUGAACUCAGUAAUGUCAAGCAAAUGUUGGCAUUCAUAUUUUGGGGUAUGUCUUAACACACUUGUCCUAGAGUAAACUAGUAUAAUAUUCAGGCCAUACUCUGUAUCAGUUGAAAUUUCAUUUUCACUAAAGUUGUUAACAGUGUAAAGGCGAUUUUGUGGUGGCUAUGAUCCAGUAAGUUGGGUGCCAGGGUGCCUGACCCAACUUUUUUUUCUUUUGUAAUUAACUUAUCAAAAAUUAUAAAAGAAAUCUCGGAUG